AUUCUGCCUGUCACAAGGCUCACAAACCCUCUCUCGCAGAGAAUAGAAAAAAGUUGGGCAAAGUCUGUCUCAGCUCCAAUAGCUACCAGACACCCACUCCCUUUAGAGGACCGGACUCUCCCUCUCUCUCUCUUUAUCUCUCUCUCACACACACUCACACUCACACACACACACACACACAUACACACACACACUCACUCCUGACACAGAGAAGAUAGGAUAACUGGAGAGACCAUACACACUUCCUACUCAUCCAGUAACUCACCCAGCCAUCGCCAGACGCUAAGACCAAGAUGUGGACUCUGCUCUUGGGGGUUACCUUUGGAUUACUGGCCUCCUCCAGGUUGGAACCGGCUCAAGCUAUAGUAAAGUCCCGUAGCUGCAGCCAUGCUGGAGUGUUCCAUGUGGAGGGAGAAGCUCGCUACUCGUUGACCUUUGGCUUGGCCAAGAACCUGUGUGAGAGCCUGGGCGGCACCAUUGCCAGCAAGGAACAGGUCACCGAGGCCCACGCCCAAGGCCUAGAGACCUGUAGAUAUGGUUGGAUCAGCAACGGAAAUACCACUAUCCUCAGACAGAAUGCCCAUGUUAACUGUGCCAAGAACAUGACAGGAGUCUUCUUCCACCAUGACACUCCAGACCAACCCUUUGAUGCCUUCUGUUUCAAUGCAUCAGAUUUGUCUAUGAAGAACUGUGAUUUGGCCAUCAAUCCUGAUUCAACAGGACCAGAGAGUGUUCAGGUGACAGAUGGAGACCUUUCUUCUGAUGCUGCAGGUGAAGCCACAGAGCAGCCUAAGACAGAGGAGGUCCCAGAGGAGAAGACAGACAUCCAGACAUAUGCCCCAGCAGUGGUGGAGGACCAGGACCAGGUACAGCCAGAGGCCACAGAGGGAACCCCAGAGGACAGGGCCCAGCCUGAGGACAGAGCAAGCACAGAGCCUGACACAGUGGAUACCACCUCUGCACCUGAGAAACAGGGAGCCGAGAGCACCACUGAGGUAGUUGAGGAAGUGGACCCGACCCAACCUGCAUCCACUGAGGCUAGCCCAGAGGAACCAACAUCUGGGGCUGUGGGUGAGGGCUCAGAGGGGGCAGCCACAGAGAGCCCUGGUGGGGAGGAAGAGCAGACUGAGGGGGAUGAGACCCAGUCAGCCGGCCGCACUGGGGUGCUGGCCACUGAGAUGGAGGACACCACCGGGUCUGGGAUGCAACCGACUGGCGCUGAGGAGGGGGCCUCUUCUAUUGCACCACCUGUUGGACAGCCAGGAGAACCACAGGGCUCAGCCAGCGAGGAGGAUGUGCAGGAGAUCGUGCCAGAGCAGGAGGAGGAGGAGGGGGUAGAGGAUCAGCCCAUUCCCAGGGGGAGGAUGAAUCCAGGUGAGGGAGUAGCCCCCCCUCCAGCCGGGAAGGAGAAUAGUAGCACACCCGAUUGGCUGAUCAUUGUGGGAGUGGUUGCGGCAGUGGGCGCUAUUCUCCUCGUGUGUGCUGCUGUGGCAAAGCGGAAGAGCUUGUGCGGUCAGCAGCAGACCCUGAUGAUCACCAACAAGGAUGGUAGUGACGGGAAUGGGGCGGUGGCGUCUGUGGCUAGCUCCCGCGCCCAGGAGAGAGAGCAGGAGAUGGUGACCCUGAUGAACAAAGAGAAGAUCCAGGAAAACGGCAACACAGAGGAGUUCACCGUCAUCACACUGGAUGAGUCCCCAGAGAAAGGACAGCUGGCAUGAGAGAGGAGAGGAGGAGGACAAGGAGGAGAAGAGAGAGGGGACAGAAGGAUAGAGAAAGAUGAGUAGCUAUGGGGGUGCUGACACUGGGGCAGGACUAGAGAAGGUCUGGCUGGGGGUGGAGAUGGACACUUUGGCCUGCUACCAAGAAGACAGACACAUUGAACAUGCCAGCUGGGUUUGGGUGGGGGAUUUGUAAAUUUAAGGGAUGGUUAAUGCUCUAUUGAUUCUGUCGUUGUAUUCUGGGGAGAAUGGCUGGUUUGUGUCACCUUGCUACUAAGGUGCAACAUCGGAAACUGGCCCUGUCCUUUGCCUGUCUCUCAGAUUGGCUAGCUAGACUGUUAAAGCCAAGAUGAGCAGAAUGCUACUUUCUACCCUGUUAUGUCAGGUAUGUGGUUAGGAUUGGAUAGUUCCCAGGCCUAGGGUUUGGACUGAGUCGCUUCAUCUGGGGUGUCAAGCCAGGCUUCAUACACACAUGCUGAUAUUCACCCCUGCCUUUCAAUCAGUGUCUAAUCUAAAUCUGAGAAAAUCAGUCUGGCUUCUCUAGUCAAUCAGUAACAUUAAUUUAAUAAUAAUAACAGGUUGAAAUAUAACCCUACAGAUCCUGUGACAGUGGGGGACUGGAGGUUGACAUCCCUGCUCUAUGCCGGGAUCUGAGUGGAGAUGUUGAAGAGGUGUGUGUGUGUGUGUGUGUGUGUGUGUGUGUGUGUGUGUGUGUGUGUGUGUGUGUGUGUGUGUGUGUGUGUGUGUGUGUGUGUGUGUGUGUGUAUGCACAGUAUGUACCGUAUGUAUGUGUGAGGGGAGAGAAGAAGGGUGUUGAUAAAGGCACAGGGGUGUGAGUGGGAGUUUUUAAAGGUGGGGGGUGGGGGUCUUGGUUUGCCCACCAAGACCAGUCGGGGGUUGAGGUUGAGGGUUAGGUUGAGGGGAAGGACAUUGUUGAUAAUGUGUCACUUGAAGCUUUUGAGGCAUUGAGUUGGAAAAACAGGCGUGCAGAAAUGUGAAAACUAAACAGACGUCGUCAAAUAAUUUGGCUGGAUGUUCAUGGGAUUAAUAUUGUUUAUUAUGGAUAGGUAAAUGUGGGACGUGUUCAAUAUUAACCCUCUGUAUAUUUCAGUUGUUUCCUGUGGAUUGGGAUUUUGUUUUUACAAGAAAACACAACAAGAUGUUAGUAUUUUAAUUAAUGCAGUUUGGAUUUUUCUUUAUAUUUUUGCUUCUGUAUAUAAUGUACACGUAUUUUCCAAAUGCCUUAGCAACAGUUGUCAUUCAUCUUUGUUGGCAUGCAAUGCCCUUUAAUGAAUAAAUGAAAGCUGUCAUAUUUGAGAAUUAUUUAAUCAAAGUCAGAACCUAUGGUGUUCAAUUGUGAUAGAACAUUGGCAAUAGUCAGAGUAGAUAUUGUAUGAAUCAACUUCAUGUAUAAUAUUCAAAACUGUGCAUUUUAAAAACAUUUUUUUAUGAUGUCUAUUAACAUGGUCUGUAUAAAUAAUACAUUCGUGUUGAGUAGCGCAUAGGAUUAUAUGGAAUAUCAACAGCUUUCGGAGAAUAAAUGCAAUGGUCAGAUGUGGAUGUUGGAGUACACGUAUCACAUGUACUUACCAUAUAGGUCACCUUAUAUGCUAUAUUGACAGAAAUGUGCCAUUUACAAUGACCUAGCAUUGUGUAGUAAUGCAUUACACUGUGAUGGAACCUAAUAACUGUUGUUAACGGCCAACAUGAAAAUCAAUGUACAAUCCUGAGGAGUGACCGCGUCCCUCACUGACAAAAUAAUUGAUUUGGCUGGACACACUGACAACAACACAUGAUCUGGACACAGAUAUUACAGUAAUGGGCAGAACAGUAGAACUCUAAGCACAACUCUGGAUUCUACUUCUCUGGGCUCCUUUGUAACAAAGCAGCAGAGGCCAUCAUAUUUCUUUCCCUGUUAUGUGCACCAGAGAGAGGGAGGUUGAUGAAUUCAUGUGUCUCUGGCUAGGAGCUCUGUGUCUCCAUACUGAUCCAGGUCCCAAUGUGCCCAUUGCUCCACACCUCCAUCUGAUUACAUUAUAAUAUUUAUGCUGUCUCUUUCUUUCAUAGGCAAAUCACUUUUAUGUGUGAUUGUCCAUGGAUAUUAUGUGGAUAUUAUGAAUCCUCUCAUAUCAGUUUGACAGUACAUUUGUCAUGCCUUUUGAGUAAGCGGCAUGACAAAUGUGUGUCCCAGCUUUUUUGUGUGGCUUUUUGCCUCUGCUUUUGUUCCUCUCCGAUCUUGCUCUCAUUUGAUUCACUUUGAGGAAAAUUUGAAAAUGUAUUAGGGUAGGAGUGUGUAAUGAUGAAUUAAUAAAACAUUGUUAAUGAGAAAAUAUGUGUAAAGUCAUGGAUGAAAUAAAUGUGUAUAGAGGAAA